GCCAGGAGAGAAGGGCCGUCGGUGGGCCAGCGCCCCGCCCCCCGGGGAGCCAGGGACAAAGAGGGCUCCUCGUUUGUGACCGAGCACUACGGGGUCCCAAACGGGACGGAACGUCAGCGGACUCGGCGACGGGACACAGAUUCUAAAGCCCGGCCCGCACGGGCAGAACGAGAGCCGCAGUGCGCCGUCCCGGGACGGACGCCCACGGCGCCGGCUCGCCGAGCACCGGACGGAGGCAUUCACGCCGAGCCGCCAGCGGGCCAGCGGGCCAGCAGCAGGAGCCCGGCAGGAUCCGGGCGCGAGAGCGGACCCGCGCGCCAGGCGGGGAGGACUUCCCGCCGGAAGUGACGCGAGCUCAAUCCCAGCCCGGCUCUCCCCAAACAAAAGGGAUCUUGGGGCCCCGGGAGGAGCCUGAAUGACAUUGGAGAAGCCCCGCCUUCCGGCGGCGCUGAUUGGCCAGAGAGCCGCGAGGCUGAAGUGACAAUUGGCUCGGAAGGCUGUCAGGGCACGGACCCGGCGGGGGAGGAGGAGAAGAGGCUCGAGCCUGUGGAUGGGGAGCGGGAGGCGGAGGCGGCGGCGGGGAGCGGAGCCCGGAGCGCCGGGAAAAGGCAUUCAGGAUGAAUCUGGAAAAACUCAGCAAGCCGGAGCUCCUGACCCUCUUCAGCAUUCUAGAAGGCGAACUAGAAGCAAGGGAUCUUGUUAUUGAAGCUUUAAAGGCUCAACACAGAGAUACUUUUAUUGAAGAGCGCUAUGGGAAAUACAACAUCAGUGAUCCUUUGAUGGCUCUACAGAGAGACUUUGAAACACUCAAAGAGGAAAAUCAUGGUGAUAAGCAACCUGUAAGCCCUCACCCCCUGUCUGUUCUGAAGGCGGUGAUGAAGCAAUGCAGAAACAUGCAAGAACGCAUGCUGUCCCAGCUGGCCGCCGCCGAAAGUCGACACCGCAAGGUGAUCUUGGAUCUAGAGGAAGAAAGACAAAGACAUGCACAGGACACAGCUGAAGGUGAUGACGUCACAUACAUGUUGGAGAAGGAGCGAGAGCGGCUGACGCAGCAGCUGGAAUUUGAGAAGUCCCAAGUGAAGAAGUUUGAGAAGGAGCAGAAGAAGCUCUCGAGCCAGUUGGAGGAAGAGAGGUCGCGCCACAAACAGCUGUCUUCCAUGCUAGUGAUGGAGUGCAAGAAGGCUACCAGCAAGGCCGCCGAGGAGGGCCAGAAAGCGGGCGAGCUGAGCCUGAGGCUGGAGAAGGAGAAGAGUCGGGCCAGCCAGCUGGAGGAGGAGCUGGCAGCCGAGCGCAGGCGGGGCCUGCAGACCGAGGCCCAGGUGGAGAAGCAGCUGUCCGAGUUUGACAUCGAGCGUGAGCAGCUGCGCGCCAAGCUGAGGCGGGAGGAGAGCCGCACCCAGACACUCCGGGAGGAGAUGGAGAGCCUGAGGAGGGCCGUGCGGGAGCUGGAGGCCUCUCAGCUGGGCGGCCCCGAGGAGCGUGUGGCCUCCAGCACCGCCUCCAGAGGCACCGCCACCGACCCUCCGCACCUGGUGUCUGUGUUUUGCCAAACCGAGAACCUUCUGGCAGAAAGAACCCAUGGGAGCAGUGCAGCCAAGGUGGCGGCAGCCGGGUCACCCGGCACACACUCAUAUGCAAAAACCAAUGGCUACUGCGACAUGGAAAUGCAAACUAGCAGGGAUUUGUUACCAGGCGGCGGGGCAGACGGCGCGCCACCACGAGAGAGCCCUGCCAUCGAGAAUGGUGGUUCUCCUCCGGGGACGGAGUCUCCGGCCCCCCUUGCCACCCCACUCCCCGCCGCGGGGAGCUCCCCCUCUCCAAACAGCACCGCUGCCUCCUCUCUGACCUCCUCCCCUUGUUCAUCGCCCGUCCUGACCAAGCGCCUGAUGGGGUCCGCGGGCAAUAGCCCCGGCUACCAGUCGUCAUACCAAGUGGGAAUCAACCAGCGCUUUCACGCAGCGCGACACAAAUUCCAGGCCCAGGCCGACCAGGACCAGCAGGCCAGUGGCCUGCAGAGCCCCCCCUCCAGAGAUCUGUCCCCGACCCUUGUGGACAACUCUGCUGCCAAGCAGCUGGCCCGAAACACCGUCACGCAAGUGCUCUCCAGGUUCACCAGCCAGCAGGGGCCCAUCAAGCCCGUCUCUCCCAACAGCUCUCCCUUUGGCACAGAUUAUCGCAAUCUGGCCAAUACCAGCAGCCCAAGAGGCGAUCCCAGCCAUUCACCCACUCCGGGGAAAGUCUCCAGCCCUCUGAGCCCCCUGUCUCCUGGGAUCAAAUCACCCACCAUCCCCAGAGCCGAGAGAGGGAACCCUCCACCCAUCCCUCCUAAAAAGCCCGGCCUUGCCCCCGCACCGUCCCCCACCACUCCAUUGACCAAAAGCCCUUCCCCGGCAACCUCUUUAGCCACCAGCGAUGACCUUUCCGGUAGCUGCUCUGCCAACGCCGUUGUAGCCAAUGGCAAAGACAUCGAGAUCCUCCUGCCUACCAGCAGCUAGUCCCUGGGACGCUCCACAUUUGACAUUCCAUUGCAUCUUGUCCAAGAGCUUAAAGACAGACCAUUGGGUCACAUCAUGUUAUUUAUUUUGAUAAUGGUGGAAAUUUGCUUUGAUACAUUUUAGUGUAUUUUCACCCUUUUUUGUAUUUUUUUUUUUUAAAGUAAAAACUGGGUAGUUUGGGUUUUUGUGUCUCAAAUCUUUGUACUGAAGCUGGAAAAGGCACCUCAAAGAUGUCUCCAGGCUGAACAAUCACCAUCAUGUCGUGAUGGAGAAGAGCUUUUUAUGGACCAGGUGGCAGCUUGUUCUCUAUUCUGGGAUGGGAAACAUUCACUUUAAAUUAUGCAGAAAUGACUCGUGCAGAUUUUUAUUCCAGAUGAACAUGUAUAAAAAGUGCCUGAAAUAAGACUGCCUGCCAUAUGACUGUGGCUCUGUGGCAAAAUACAUGAAAAGGGGUCAUCUCCCAACAGAAAAUGAGACCUUCCAUGACUCCAGAAUGUUCCAAAUCAACACUGCUUUUAAUCCUUUUAGAGUGUUCUUAAUACAGACUGUUCUGAAACAAGGCUGCAUUAGUCAAAACAAAAACCUUUUCCAGGUGAGUAUGAACAUAAGCUGAGAGCUUUAGCAAGCCCCUGCCAAGCCCUCCUGAGCAGUAAGCUCAUCUUUCUGUGACUUUGAAGUAACUUCUGGCAUCAAUUCUUAAAUGAAAUGAAAUUGCUAAAGGUCAAAUCCUUUCCUCUCUCCAUUGCCCCCCAAAAAUGUUCUUCAAGCAUCUAUUGUUAUGUGUAGAACUGCUGAGUCCAAAAUCUUACUAUUACUUGAAAAGGAAAAUUGUAAAACAUUUUGUAUAAAUUAUCUUGUGACAGAAUGAUGGGGAUCUUAUUUACUAUGUAAUCAAAAAGCAAUAACUUAAAAGUUACUCAUUUUGUAAUUUUUUAAGUCCAAAUUACACAGAUUUUACUGAAUGGUCACAAGUGCUAUCCCAGCCUACCAACCUAUGGUGACUGUUACUUGGGAACCAAAUGGAUAUUUGCCUAGAUAGAUACAUAUCAUAUAUCAGUAUAGAUUCACAUUCAUGUACAUGUUAACAUACACACACCUACCACAUGCAUAUAGAAUAUAAAUUUUAGUGUGAUUAUAUUCUUGGAGUUUCCAGUAUUGCAUAAAGAAAAAGUAGAAGUGCACAUUAAGAUUACCUACCAAAGUAGCCAGCUUGCUUUCAGUUUGUGCUGCUGGGCCCCAGUUAGGCAUUGGGAGGAAUUCUCCAUAGAGCAGUGGAUAGAGCUGUUCCCUUGCUCUUUGAAUUUCAAAGCUGACUCCAAAUCCCUUGUCAUCCUGGGUUAUGUUCCUGGAAGAAGAAUAAAAUAAUUGGGCUUUUUCUCAUUUUAGCAACUUCUCUCUCAGUAGAAUUUCUUUACCAUUUUCCAGAUGACCUAUUGGAAAAUACAAAUAUACAAUAUGAACACUUGGAAGGGGGGCCAAAGCCAGAUGAUUUCUUAAAUCUGCAUAAACUUGUCAAGGUGGCCUGAUUCUCCAAAAAGGGUAGGGUCAACCCUCUCAUUGCAGUCAGGAUUGCUCUUAACCCAGCCCAGACAGAUGAAUGUUUUUUCCCUUCAUAAAUGGCUAUUCAGAGAAUAGGAAUCCCAAUAUGCUUUCCUGAAGGGACACAUUUUAAUAUUUAAUAAGAGUUUGAAAGUCUUUCAGAUGUAUAAUCAAUUAUUUCCUGCAAUUUUAAAUCUGUUCCCUCUAUUUGGUAUUAGUUCAUGGGGAAAACAAGCCACUGAAUAGAAAUCAUUCUGUAAAUCAUUUUAUUUUUUAAUUGGCACAAAUUCACAAGGUUUAUGGUUUGAUUGAGUGGUGAUCCAUGUGCCACCAGGAGAAAAAUAGCAAUGCUACCAAUUACUGCCCCAAGAUAGCUGCUUAAUGAUAUAUUUUAGGGGGGAGGGAGGGCAUUUUAAAUUGUCCAAAGCCAUUACUGUGCACUGAUUUUCAUCUUCAUACUUGGCACAAAUUAACGUGUAAGAUAAAUGGCUAAACUUUCUUAACUAGAGAGGGGGGUCUGCAGCUCUUAAUAUGUUUAUUACCUCUCUUAUAAUGGUAAUCUUAAAAGUUGCAUUAUGCUCUUUCUUUAUGGCAUAGAUAUAUAGAGAGAUAUAUACUAUAAUGAAGUUUAUUUCUUAGGAAAUGCACUGAAUAAUGUAUUUCUUCUACAGUGUAAUAUAGGGUGGGGAAAUGCAAAAGAAAAUGUGUAUUUUUGCAAGUAGUCUAUCUUCUGAAACAAAUAAGCACAAAUAUUGCAAUGGAUCCAACUAAUCCAGUUAGGUUUUAUAGAUGUAGUAUUUAAGUUUUGCUGUAGAUUGUGUGUUAAUAAGUAAAAAAAAAAAAAAGUAUGAUUCACAUGUUGAUUAUUAAUAAUCAAAUUGUUGCAAAGCUUUGUCACUGGUUAUGAAGUCCAGACACUUAACAGUAGCAUUAAUUAAUUGUUCAUUAAUACUUGUAAAGCCAAAUGUUUCAUGGGGUAUUUUUUUUUUUUACAGCAGAGACAACAUUAAAACCUGUUAAAUAAUA